AUGGCCCCAGCUCCGCAAAAAGCGACGCCCUGUUGCCUCCACCAGGGCGCCACCGACUCUCCUCCCAUCGUCGCUGCAGUCCCUACCGCAGCCAAUGUGGUUCCAGAUUGGCCUGUCGCCUCCACCGAUCGUCUCGACGAUCCGCGUGCCAAGAAAGCUGCCAUGGCGCCCCUGAUUCGUCCUGUUGAUUCGCUUCCAGAACCUUGCACUAAUCCCCCUACAAAAGCAUUUGUGGAAUGGCAGAAGUGGAAUUUUCGUAUUGGUUUCACUCCAAGGGAGGGUUUGGUAAUAUACUCUGUUGCUUAUGUUGAUGGUAGUCGGGGUCGGAGACCUGUUGCCCACAGAUUGAGUUUUGUGGAGAUGGUUGUCCCGUAUGGGGAUCCAAAUGAUCCACACUACAGAAAGAAUGCUUUUGAUGCUGGAGAAGAUGGGCUUGGAAAAAAUGCACAUUCCCUUAAGAAGGGAUGUGAUUGUUUGGGCUAUAUCAAGUAUUUUGAUGCUCAUUUUACAAAUUUCACUGGCGGAGUUGAAACAAUUGAGAACUGUGUAUGUUUGCAUGAGGAGGAUCAUGGUAUCCUAUGGAAGCAUCAAGAUUGGAGAACAGGUUUAGCCGAAGUUCGAAGGUCUAGACGGCUAACAGUUUCUUUUAUUUGCACUGUGGCUAACUAUGAGUAUGGUUUUUUCUGGCAUUUCUAUCAGGAUGGAAGAAUUGAAGCUGAAGUUAAACUUACAGGCAUCCUCAGUUUAGGAGCAUUGCAGCCUGGAGAAUUUCGAAAAUAUGGUAUAAUGAUUGCACCGGGAUUAUAUGCACCAGUGCAUCAGCACUUCUUUGUUGCUCGCAUGGACAUGGCUGUUGAUUGUAAGCCUGGUGAAACUUUUAAUCAGGUUGUUGAGGUGGACGUUAAAGUUGAGGAGCCCGGGGAGAAUAAUGUCCAUAAUAAUGCAUUCUAUGCUGAAGAGAGAUUGCUUAAAUCAGAACUGCAAGCAAUGCGUGAUUGCAAUCCCUUGACUGCUCGCCACUGGAUUGCUUGGCUUGAUUUGGUAUUUUCCUCUGAUACUUGCAGGUAUGUAUUUGGAAUCACCCAUGUUCCUCGGCUGGAAGAUUGGCCGGUUAUGCCAGUGGAACGCAUUGGUUUCAUGCUUAUGCCACAUGGAUUUUUCAACUGUUCUCCUGCUGUAGAUGUCCCGCCUAAUGCUUGUGAAUUGGAUGUGAAAGACAAUGACGUCAAAGACAAUGGAGUUGCCAAGCCUGUUCAGAACGAGUUGCUGUCCAAGCUUUGAGAAGUAUUCGGAAAGUGAUGGUCGGUGGUAUUUGGAAAACACAAUAAUCAAACUUUAUGCCUAGUUGUCACAUCCUCUUGUCUGGUCUUCCCUUUCAUAUUUUAUUAUUAGUUGGAUCUCUUUUGCUCAUAACAGAAUUUAUGAAUGCCAUUUGCUAGUCAAUUUCUGUUUUGCAUGCAUCAGCAAUAACAUUUGAUGUCUUUGUGGAAGGUUUUUGAUUUGA